AUGGAGGCAAAUGUUGGACCGGUGGUGCGCCGGCUCUACCUCUCUGUCUAUAAUUGGGCUGUGUUCUUUGGACGGGCACAGGUGUUGUGCUACGCAACAUUGGCAUUGUUGGAGAGGAGGCCUGAGGCUAUCUACACCGCGAUCGAGCGGCCGCUACUGGUCACACAGACUGCCGCUUUAAUGGAGAUUGUUCAUUCACUUGUGGGGCUUGUGAAGUCUCCUGCCUCCGCAACAAUUCUACAACUUAUUGGAAGGAUAUUUGUUGCAUGGGGUGUCUUGCGGAGCUUUCCCGAGACGCGCCCUCAUAUUCUUGUUACUUCCUUGAUCCUAGCAUGGUCCACUGUUGCGGUCAUCAGAUAUCCUUACUAUCGUAUGAAGGAGACAUUUGGAUUUGCACAUUUCUGGCUAUUAUGGCUUAGGUAUAACAUGUUCCUCGUACUUUAUCCUAUCGGUAUGCUAAGUGAAGUUGGCCUCAUAUACGUCACAAUGCCUUACAUGAAGGCCUCCAAUAAAUACUGCCUUCAAAUGCCCAAUAAAUGGAAUUUCUCCUUCAACUACCACUAUGCAUCUGUUCUUCUAAUGGGUAUCUAUUUUCCAGGAUUUCCACAUAUGUACCGUUAUAUGCUCCUUAGGAGGAAGGUGGUCUUGUCAAAGGCAAAAUCCGCAUGA